AUGCCUAUCUCCAACGGCGACGCUCUUGGCAGGGCCAUGAAGGCCGAGAUCCAGGAUCACACCAAGGCCCUGGAAGUCCUGGAGAAGGACUACCCCUCCAGAGAUGGUCUGGAUGUUGAUACCCUGCUGGAUUCGGACAAGCACGGAGCAUUGACCUACAAUGACUUCCUCAUCUUGCCCGGAUAUAUCGGCUUCCCUGCUUCCGAUGUCAGCCUGGAAACCCCCGUCUCCAAGCGCAUCAGCUUGAAGGCCCCUCUUCUGUCCUCCCCCAUGGACACUGUCACCGAGCACAACAUGGCCAUCCACAUGGCUUUGCUGGGUGGUCUGGGUGUCAUCCACCACAACUGCACCGCCGAGCAGCAAGCCGAGAUGGUCCGCAAGGUGAAGAGAUACGAGAACGGCUUUAUCUUGGACCCCGUUGUGCUCUCCCCCAAGGCUACUGUCGGAGAAGCCAGGGACUUGAAGACCAGGUGGGGAUUCGGUGGUUUCCCCGUCACUGAGAACGGUACCCUCCGCUCGAAGCUCGUUGGUAUGGUCACCAGCCGUGACAUUCAGUUCCACCACAACCUUGAAGACCCCGUCACCGCCAUCAUGGCCACCGACCUGGUUACUGCCCCUGCUGGCACCACCUUGGCCGAGGCCAACGAGGUUCUCCGCAGCUCCAAGAAGGGCAAGCUCCCCAUCGUUGAUGAGAGCGGAAACCUUGUCUCCCUGCUUUCGCGCAGUGACUUGAUGAAGAACCUUCACUACCCUCUGGCCUCCAAGCUUCCCGAGUCGAAGCAGCUGAUCUGCGCUGCUACCAUCGGUACUCGUGACGCCGACAAGCAGCGUCUUCAGCUGCUGGUUGAGGCUGGUCUCGACAUCGUCAUCCUGGACAGCAGCCAGGGUAACAGCAUGUACCAGAUCGAAAUGAUCAAAUGGGUCAAGAAGACCUUCCCCGAAAUUGACGUCAUUGGCGGAAACGUCGUGACUCGGGAGCAAGCCGCGGCUUUGAUUGCCGCCGGUGUCGAUGGCCUGAGAAUUGGCAUGGGCAGCGGUAGUGCUUGUAUCACCCAGGAGGUCAUGGCUGUCGGCCGUCCCCAGGCCGCGUCCGUUCGCAGCGUGUCUUCUUUCGCCGCUCGCUUUGGCGUUCCUUGCAUUGCUGAUGGUGGUGUCCAGAACGUUGGACACAUCGUCAAGGGUCUUGCUAUGGGUGCCUCCACCGUCAUGAUGGGCGGUCUCCUUGCCGGUACCACCGAGUCUCCCGGUGAGUACUUCGUCAGCAACGAAGGUCAGCUCGUCAAGGCCUACCGUGGCAUGGGCAGUAUCGCUGUCAUGGAGGACAAGAAGGCCGGCGGCAAGGCCGGUAACGCCGGUACCGCUCGGUACUUCUCGGAGAAGGACAACGUCAUGGUCGCCCAGGGUGUUGCCGGCUCCGUCCUCGACCGUGGUUCCGUCACCAAGUUCAUCCCUUACCUCGUUGCGGGUGUGCAGCACUCUCUUCAGGACAUCGGUGUGCCCAGCCUUGAGGCUCUGCACGACGGUGUGAACAAGGGUCUUGUCCGCUUUGAAAUGAGAAGCGCUAGCGCCAUGGCCGAGGGUAACGUCCACGGUCUGCACAGCUACGACAAGAAGCUCUACUCUUAA